UUCCAAGAAUCAUGAAUCCUUUGUAUCUCUUUGCGGUGGUCCUCGCGAUCGUCCUGGUGACAGUCGCCGAUGCUAAGAUCUUCGACACAUGUUCCCUCGCCAAGGCUCUGGCUGAUCAGGGGAUCAAGAAAGCCGAUCUUCCUAACUGGGUUUGUUUGAUCCAAAGUGAGAGCAGCAUGGACACUUCCAAGAAGCAUCUGAACACAAAUGGUUCCACCGAUUGGGGUCUGUACCAGAUCAACGACAAAUUCUGGUGCCAACCUCCCGGGAGCAACGCUAAGCGAGAUUGCAAUGUGAAGUGCACAGAUCUGUUGACCGACGAUAUUUCGAAGGCGACGACCUGCGCUAAGCUCAUCUAUUCGCGCCAAGGAUUCGCGGCCUGGUACGGAUGGAGAAGCAAAUGUCAGGGCAAGAAGUUGCCCGAUUUGUCCAAGUGUAAAAUCUAAUGUGAACCAAUAGGAAAAUACUACGAAGGAUUCGAUGAUUUUCUUCUAAGAUCGAUGACAGACGAAUAGAAAAGCCUGACUUUAGAAAGAGGGAUGAACGUUUCAAAGUGAAAACUCAAAAAGAAUUGAAUAAUCAAAACUACAAUCCAUAUCGUUUGCCAUUCAUCAAAACAGACUCUACAUAACAAGUCAAUUCCAAUUGAAAUAUUUUCACAAAUUCCGAACAAGAAAUUUGGAUUAUAUCAAUGUGCAUGUGUCAUUAGACUGA